UCCCUGUUGGCAUGGUUGCUGCCUGAGGCUACCGUCACGUGUCUGCUUUCUAGAUAGCUUCGUCUUCCGCUAGCUAGCCCCUACGAAUCGACACACAUCUCUUUGAUUCCCACGAUGUCUCCUUUCUCCAACGGCCUUCAUACCGAUAUCCCCUACUCUCUUAAUAAAGUCGUCCAUGGCACGAAUGGCAGAUGUUGACCUGAUGCCUCAGGCUCUAAAUCACGUCCGGAUGGUUUACUCCGCUCUCGUUGCUCCUGCUGUAAAUGCACAACCAUCUUAACAAAAUCACCUUUCUCGCCUGCUUCAGCCCACUGUGACUAAAUUACAAGAAAUGGCUGCGGUUCGGAAAUCUGUGAACGGAAGUUUUCAUGAAAUCUGGAAACACAACAAGGCUGACAAAGGGUGGUCCUGGUUUCUUGACCAAAGCAGUUAUUAAGUACUCUGAAGCCCGGCAGUCGCACCGAUUUGAGCCAAAUAAUCUUCCUUUCUACUGCAUCCCUGAGAAGCAAGAGGAAUGACGAAAAUGAUAAGAGCCCAUCAGACAGCACUGAUGCGGGCCCGCGUGGACAAGCUGUGGAGGUCUCCCAGGCACUCCAGUGAGCUCUUGAAACAGGGCACGAGCGCCGCAUCCGAGGGUCGCCUUCAGCUGAACCGGACCCGCGCAGCAAUCUACCUGCGUCUGCGGAUUAUUUGAACUAUUCUGAUAAUCAUCAAAAACGAAUAUGGAUAAAUCAACGGCUGUCUCAAUGACUACCGUGAAUCAUUCAGCCUGACUUUCUCUUCGUUCAAGCAUCUCAACACUCGUUCCGCACUAUUCAACAACCGGAAAGGGGAUUGACGAUAUACUUCCCCCCUCAGAAAAUGGUCGCCGGUUACCCAGACCAUGCGGUCGCCGUCAUCGGCAUGGCCUGCAAGUUCCCCGGCGCCGACUCUCUGGAUGAGUACUGGCAACUUCUGGACGAAGGCAGGUCCAUGUGCGAACCGGCAUCUAAAGAUCGCUUUGCUACGACAGAAAGUCGACGGCACCAGGAGAAAUCCAUUUACAACGCCAACUGGAUUUCAGACAUCGACGCCUUUGACCACAAGUUCUUCCGCAAGUCGAGUCGUGAAGCUGCCUCGAUGGACCCCCAGCAACGCCUAUUGCUACAGGUGGCCUAUCACGCUCUCGAAUCCUCGGGGUAUUUUGGCCCGGUUGAGCCGCGCACAGAUGUGGGCUGCUAUGUCGGUGUUUGCGCAUCUGAUUACAAUGACAAUGUGGCAGCACAUCCGCCAAAUGCAUUCUCAACACUGGGAACCCUUCGCGCCUUCUUGACGGGGAAGAUCAGUCACUACUUUGGCUGGACGGGCCCCUCUGUGUCCGUUGAUACAGCGUGCUCAUCUUCUAUGGUGGCUAUUGAUGCUGCCUGCAACGCGAUUGUGCUUGGGAACUGUUACAGCGCCGUCGCGGGCGGCGUUUCUCUCUUCACGAGUCCGUAUUUCUUCCAGAACCUGUCUGGAGCUUCAUUCUUGAGCCCAACAGGACCAACCAAGUCAUUUGACGCGGACGCAGAUGGAUACUGCCGUGGAGAGGGCAUUGGCCUGGUGGUGUUGAAAAAGUUGUCGAAUGCGUUGGCCGACAACGACAACAUCCAAGGCGUGAUCUUAUCCACUGCCGUAGCUCAGAGCAGUAAUCUAGUUCCGAUCACUGUGCCAUACAGCCCUUCGCAGACCUCUCUAUACCGCAGAGUUCUCAAGCAAGCGAAUGUAUCUCCAGAAGAAGUGACCUACCUGGAAGCCCACGGCACUGGGACGAGGAUCGGCGAUCCACAAGAAUAUGAAGGCAUUCGCGAGGUAUUCGGCUGCCAAGGACGACGUCAGGAGCCCUUUCACUUUGCUUCGGUGAAGGGUAACAUUGGCCACACAGAAGGUGCAUCAGGCGUGGCUGGCCUUAUCAAAACAUUAUUGAUGAUGAAGCGAGGUGUUAUACCCAGACAGGGCAGCUUCAAACAGCUUAACCCGAAGAUCGCCCUGGAACCGAACCUGCUCAUUCCUACAUCCUCCGUGCCGUGGACUGCAAAGACAUUCAUUGCUUGCGUCAACAACUACGGCGCCGGCGGCAGCAUCGCAGCCGUGGUAGUCAAGGAAGCUCCCAAAUUGUCCGCACAGAGGAGAGCUUCUUCGCUGGCUUCGCUGGCUUCGCCGGCCCGCUAUCCUGUUUUUCUUUCCGCACAUUCCCCUCAAAGACUCAGUGAGCUAGCUUCGCGACUGCGCACGUACAUCAACCAGCUGCCCCCCUUAUCAAGCAGGAACGCCCUGGCGGAUUUCGCGUUCAACCUAGCUGAUCAACAAAACCGAUCCCUACCAAAUAUCGUGGCAACUAGCGUGUCCAGCAUGUCCGAACUUGAUGACCAGCUGCGCAUCGUGUCAUCUGUGCCGGACUCUGCUCCAGCGCAGACGGCUGUGACUAACUCCAAGCCGAUUGUGCUCGCAUUUGGCGGCCAGACCAACCGAUCUGUCGGCCUCAACCCGGCCGUGACGGAGGCCUCGGGACUGUUUCGGUCUUAUCUCGAUGAAUGUGAUCGGAUUCUGAAAUCACUUGGUAGCAACAGCAUCUACCCGGGCAUUUACGAGUCCAACCCCCGCGAUGAUAUUGUCGGUCUUCAGACAAUGCAGUUCGCCCUGCAGUAUGCCUCCGCCAAAACCUGGAUGGACUCUGGCCUGCGCGUUGACUGCAUCGUGGGCCACUCAUUCGGCCAGCUGGUUGGAAUGACUGUUGCAGGUAUCCUCACCCUCGAGGACGGUCUGAAGCUGGUUCACGGCCGCGCUGCUCUGAUGCAACAGGAGUGGGGAUCCGAGCGCGGAGAAAUGGUUGCACUAGACGCCGAUCUUAAGACGACGCAGGAUCUAAUCAUCGCAAACUCCUCACCAAACGACAGGCUGGAGAUUGCAUGCUUCAACGGACCAAAGAGCCACGUGGUGGUUGGCUCCAACGCCGCCAUCGACGGGCUAAUUAACAAACUUCGGCUUUCCUCGGCAGUCAAGUAUAAGAAGCUGAACGUAACACAUGGCUUCCAUUCUCGCUUCACCGACGAUAUUCUACCGGCUCUCGAAUCUCUGGCCGGGACCCUAACUUAUUGUUCCCCACGGAUCCCUCUUGAGACCUGCUCAGAUGGCUCAUCAUGGCCCGCCCCCACGCCGCAGCUGAUUGCUCAGCAUACCCGAAUUCCAGUAUAUUUAGGCCAGGCUAUCAGCCGCAUCGUACAUCGCCUUGGCUCAUGUAUCUGGCUCGAGGCAGGAUCCAAUUCAUCCAUCACAAGCAUGGCGCGCCGUGCCGUGGGCGACGACGUACACAGCCACACUUUUAUCCCCCUCAAUCUUAGUAGCCCCAGCGCUAUUGGGUCUUUGGUUGAUGCCACAGUUCAACUAUGGCGCAAUGGCCACAACCGUGUUCAGUUCUGGCCAUUCCAUCGUGUCGAGAGAGCCGCCUACACUCCGCUCAACCUGCCGCCUUUUCCGUUCGAGAAGACUAGGCACUGGUUGUAUUGGGUGGAGGAAAAGCCUGCCACUGGCCCAGUCUCCACCACGGACGACACGGACAACAGAGACAAGGAUAUCCAAAACAAUCAACUCCUUUUCUCUCCCACGUGGCUUAGCGCUGACCGGCAGACUGCUAGGAUUCGCGUCAAUCCCCGCAGCGAUGAAUGGCAGAGAGUAGUCCAAGGCCAUGCUGUCCUUAACAAUCCUCUCUGUCCUGCGCCACUCUACAUUGAGCUGGUCGCCCGAGCGGUCAAAAUUCUGGGAAUUGGUGACGUGUCCGCGUUUCACUCUCUCGAGAUUGUUGCACCUUUGGGAUUGAGCCAGGAUACGGAUUUGGCUCUGCAGCUGGAUCAGCAAGCCAACAACAACAACAGUUGGUCAUUCUCCUUUGUCUCACAACCGCUCAAGGGACCACGACAACAGGAGCCAGCUGUGCACGCAACUGGAGCUGUCACCAUUGCCAACGACAACAAUCAUACAAAGGCCGAGUUUGACCGGACUGCGCGACUGCUUCCCUAUAGCCGGAUCAAGGAACUUCUUUCCCAGGCCGAUGGCGAGGCCAUGCAUGGUGCUCUCGUCUACAAGGUGUUUAACCGGGUUGUCCAAUACGACGACUAUUACAAGGGAGUCUCGCGUGUUGUGGCUAAAUCUGGCCAAGUUGCCGCCGACGUCGUGCUUCACAAUCCCCCGUUGCCAUGGGCUGCAGAACAGGUCUGUAACCCUCUGGCCUUGGAUAACUUCUUGCAGGUGGCUGGACUGCACGCCAACAGUCUCAGAGACUGCGCGGAUACGGAUGUAUAUGUUUGCACCAAGGUUGAUCGACUAUCAAUAAGCCCGAAGUUCUCUGCUUCGUCAUCACAGCCCGGGCAUGGGUGCUGGGGGGUAUUCUCAAAUCUGAAUGUUGUCAACGACAAGCAGGUUGAGAAUGAUGUCUACGUCUUUGAUGCUACAACCGGAGAGCUCGUUUUGAUGGUCGUCGGCGCUCACUUCAGCAGAGUUCUCAUCACAUCGCUUAGCAGGGUGCUGUCGAGAGCUAAUUCCUCGACUACGUCUACCACCGCAGCAGCAGCAACGUCCACAACCACUACAACCAACUCCGCGGCAGGACUAUCCAAUCCCGAGGCGGCGGCAUUUUCGGAGACACCUUUUGCUGCUCCUCAACCUCCUGCAGCGCCGUCCUCUACUCCCGCAAAAGCCCGGGCGGUCCGAAAACAAAAGACGCCGGGUAUCGAAAAGGAACUUCGACAGCUUCUUUCCAAAAUCACAGACGUUCCCGAGCAGGAAUUUCGCAGCCAAGCGACACUGGAAGAUCUGGGCAUUGAUUCCUUGAUGAUCACGGAAAUUGUCUCUGAGAUUAGCACAACCUUUGGCAUCAACAUUCCGCAGGAAGAUCUGCAAGAUCUAGUGACUUUCGGAUCUCUGAGCGCCUACCUUGCCCGUCGGGGCGCUCGCGGAAAUAGAGCCGAUGAAGAAGAGGGGAAUUUUGAAGAGGACGAUUCGCAAAGCCAGGCGCCUCUUCCCAAUAUCGCGGUCGCGGGUCCCAAGGCAGCCCGCCCAGACUCUCUCAGAGACGAAAACCUUCGGUUGCAGUUGGCCCAGUUGGUCGCCAGCCACUUGGAGGUUCCGGCCAGCAACUUCAUUCGAACAACAAACCUCGCUGAUCAAGGUCUUGACUCACUUCUCUGCAUGGAACUUGCGAGCGAUAUUGAGCGAUCCUUUGGUGCGAGGAUUGACGUGACGCUACUCACCACAGAGUCCACCUUUGGUGACCUAGCCGACAUGGUUUUUGGAACGGGCAGUGGGGCAGAAAGGCUUUCAUCCUCAUUGCCAUCCAGCUCAGGAACCGGGAGCUUGGGGACUUCUACCCCAGGUACCGAAACUGACUAUGAGCGGAUCUCACUCCCAGACAGUGGGUGCAAUCCUCAGCUGGCUUUUGAAAAGAUCCAGUUCGACUAUGACCUGUAUGCAACGGAAACGGGAUUCAUAGGGUUCUGGAAGAAUGUCUACCCCACACAGGCGCAACUUGUACUUGCUUACGUUGUUGAGACCUUCCGUGACCUGGGUUGCCCACUAGAUGCGAUCCAGCCAGGGCAAAUUAUCCCACUACUGCCCGUCUUGCCCAAACACGACCGUCUCCGUGGUGUGCUAUAUGAAGUCCUGCGAGACGGCCAGAUCGUUGACUACACGGGCAAGGAGUAUAUCCGCACUGAAAAGCCCCUUGACGCGGCAACCUCCGCAGAAAUCUACUCAGAGAUCAUCCGUGCUCACCCACAACACGCCAAGGAGCACGAGUUACUCCAUCUGUGUGGCUCAAUCAUGUCAAAGCUUGUCAGCGGGGAGCGGGACCCCCUUCAACUUCUCUUCGGAACCAAAAAGAACAAGGAGCUGUUGGAAGAGGUGUACAGCAACGGGCCAAUGUAUCGGGCCAUGAGUCAGUUACUGGCGAAGUUCCUCCAACAGGCCCUGAGUAAUCGUUCAAUGCCCGUUCGGAUCCUGGAACUAGGCGCGGGGACAGGCUCGACAACCAAAUGGGUAGUCGACAUCCUCGUACGCUCCGGGAUUCCAUUCAGUUAUACCUUUACCGACAUAUCGCCAUCGCUGGUGGCCGCUGGAAGACGAAAGUUUUCCAAAUAUGAUUGUAUGGAGUUCCAGGUGUUGGACAUAGAAAAGGACAUCCCUCAGAAAUUCGUCCAGUCAUUUGAUACGAUCCUCUCGACGAACUGCAUCCACGCCACGAGUAACUUGCCCAACUCCCUCGGCCAUAUCUACCAGAUGCUACGACCUGGUGGAUUUGUGUCUCUGGUCGAGUUUACCAAGAACAUGUUCUGGUUCGAUCUUGUCUUUGGCCUCUUGGAAGGUUGGUGGUUGUUCAACGAUGGUCGUCAGCACGUUCUUGCCGAUGAAGCCUUUUGGGAGCGGUGCAUGCGGAACGUUGGGUUCCAGCACGUGGCCAUGACCGAGGGCCCGAGCCUGGAGUCCAACACCGUGCGGAUCAUCACUGGCUUCACUAACAAGGCGGCUGAACCGCCUGUCACAGCGUCAUGGAUUGAGAGGAAGAAGGAGGAAACAGAGAUGGAGACUGUAUCAUUCAACGCCACUCCAGAUGGGGUGAUUCUGCGUGCGGAUAUCUACUAUCCGUCAUCAAGUUCAAUGGCGGGCGCCGCGGGGUUAUCCUCGCCAAAGAAAUGGCCUGUUGCCCUGCUAAUCCACGGCGGCGGACAUGUCAUGCUUUCGAGAAAAGAUAUUCGAACAAAGCAAGUCCAACAUCUCAUCCGCCAUGGCAUUCUUCCUGUCAGUGUAGACUACCGACUAUGUCCCGAGAUCAAUAUUGUUGACGGCCCAAUGCGUGAUGUCCGGGAUGCUUUUGUCUGGGCGCGAACACAGCUGUCGUCUUUGAAGCUGCAUGCGUCGCCCUACUUACGGAUUGAUGAUAGCCGUGUCGCCGUGGUUGGCUGGUCCACUGGUGGCACGUUGGCUCUGACGCUAGGAUGGACACCCGACGUCAAGGCUCCAGAUGCGAUCCUUUCGUUUUACUGUCCGACUGACUAUGAAGAUCCCUGCUGGCAAGCACCCAACUUCCCGAACAAGUCCGAGGCUGAAGCCCAGAAUGGUGAUUAUGACCUUCUGGAGGGAGUGUAUGAUCAACCUAUCACAAGCUACAACGUCCCGCCCUCGAAGCGGGCAACCGGGGGAUGGAUGUGCCCGUCAGACCCCCGAUCUCGAAUCAUCCUUCACAUGAACUGGCGCGGUCAGAUGCUCCCAGUCCUUGCCAACGGCCUCCCGUCCAAGGCCACCGCCCGCCAACUACCUGCCGAGGAGCAACGGCAAUUAGCGCGUCUCCCGCAACCAUCCCCCGAACAGAUCGCCAGGUUCAGCCCUCUUGCUCACGUCGUCCGGGGCGAGGUCCGGUCGCCAACGUAUCUGGUGCACGGGAUGGAAGACGACCUGAUCCCGUGGCAGCAGUCGCAGCGGACAUACGAGGCACUUGUUGCGGCUGGAGUGGAUGCUGGGAUCUCGGUGCUGGAGGGACAGCCGCAUCUCUUUGAUCUGUUUAGUGAUGGGGAUGGGAAGAAGUGGGAGCGGAUAGUGGAGGCUUUUGAUUUUGUUUUCCGGCACCUGGGUGUUGCGUUGAAGGAAUAGAUGGAUGGGUAGCUGCGUUAUGGCGGAUAGCUAGGCUCAUUCAACCUUUAGUAACUGUCUUUGGAUACUAUCUCGCUCCUUGGACGGCACCACAAGUCAACUAUUGAUAUUGAAAGGAUGAUAGAUUAUGUCCUUUGUACCAAGUAACCUAGCUAUUAUUCAAUCCAAUUCAAUUCAUUUCAACUCAAGU